GAUCAAAUUGAAAGCAUGACGAAUGGAACAAGUCCUCCGGAAGAAUAUGUGCAUUUUUUACAGACUCAUCCCAUAGAGACGUCCAUUCUCAUAGCCAUUCUGCUGGUUCUUACAACAAUUGGGCUCAUUGGGAAUGUUCUGAUUAUAGGAGCAGUUUCUGUCACUAAAGGUUUGCGGACAAUUACAAACGUAUUCGUUGUGAACCUAGCAAUCUGCGAUAUUAUCCUGGCCAGUUGGGUGAACGCCUUUUUCGCAGCCGGAGCAUUUUUGGGGGAGAAGUGGUUCCUGGACCGUAAAGCGCUAUGUGAUGUUGUGAGCUUCUUCUGCUUGAGUGCUUGUUUGUGCCAAUUAGCCAACGUUGCUGCAAUCGCCGUGAAUCGCUAUGUUUGCAUCUGUAGACCAUCAAUCUAUCCUAAGAUGUACACCAAACUGAACACCGCAAUCAUGAUCAUAGUAAUAUGGGUCUACAGUUGUUGGUUAAAUAUCGGCGCUUUUAAUGGAUUUGGAAAAUUCACAUACGAUAAGAAAAUGCUGGGUUGUAUAUGGGAUAGAAACGCUAAUCGACUGUUCACCGUUUUCUUUCUUCUAGGAGUAUUUGUUCCCGUGGGGAUCGUGGCCGUCAUUUAUGCUCUCACCUUUUCCAAGGUCUACAAAUCGAAGAAAAAAGUCUCUGAUCAGAAUAAAAACGGAACUCAGACAAAUAUGGCCAAAGAAAUCAAACUAGCCAAAGUCUUGUUCGGUCUAUUUGUUGUAUUUCUGUUGAUGAACUUACCAUAUGGUCUAGCACUUAUCAUCGACGUGGGUGAUAUUUUUCCGACUGUGAUCUGGACAUUGGUUGUUCAGCUCAUGCACGCCAACGGAUCGGGCGUGAAUUGCUUCGUGUAUGGCUUUAGUAAUAAAGCUUUUAGUAAUGGGUACAAGAAUUUCUGUUGGAAGAUCCUCGGAAUAUGUGGUGUAAACAGACCUGCUGUAGGACCUAUUUCGGAAAACGUUUCUCAAACUUGACAUACUCUGGGACUUCCUAGUCUCGUUAAGUUUAACAAACAUCCAAAGGAAUGCAACAGUAUUUAUUUUUAUUAUAUACCACGCACAUAGGUAUUCUAGAUGCUCAUUAGCUUAUUCACGCUUACAUGAUAUGAAACAGAUGAACUAAUUCCCUUGAAAGUCAUAAAUCCCCGUUAACAGGGAAGAUUUUUUUUUGAUGUUAAAUUUGAUUUUUUUUAUAUCCUUUUUUGUUACAUUCAUACAGGGAAGAUGAAAAGUAUUAAUCAUCAGGUCCAUGCAGCUAGGUCAUGUGACCAGUCAUUACUUCUUUUUAUCUUCCCU